AUGAACAAUUUACUUGUGUUACUUACAUUAUUGAUAAUCUGUCUUGGCAGUGCUAGUGGUCUUACCUGUUAUUUCUGCGCAAACUGUCCCGUUCCAUUCAACCCAUAUGCGUCAUCUGUUAGGGAGGUCCCAUCCGAUAGUGGAUAUUGGGCUGUAAAAAAAAGCACGUCUAGUCAGCAUGGUGCAUUAGCCACUCGAGGUCCAGCUGAAUAUGGUCUUUGCUACUUCCGUGGAUGUAGAUGGUUAACUGAGAGUACAACAGGCCGACAAAUAUACAGUUGUUGUUGCACGAGUAGUUAUUGCAAUACAGGAAGUAAAACAUCAAAAUUAACGAUAACUGUGUUCUUCGGUGCUCUAGCACUACUUGCUGUUAAUCGAUAUGUUUGA